AUGGCGCCGCCGAGCUCGCGUCCCGGAAGCUCUGCACGCCCAGGAAGCUCUGGCGUGCCGUAUCACCAUGGCGUCAACGGCAAAGCGGCCGUCGUCGCGGCAAAGGUGCCCGGAACGCCGCGUCGGGAACAGAGCCACAGGCAGGAGAAGGCCGUUCAGGACCCCGGGCUGAAGGACUAUAGACUCGGAGACUGCAUCGGGAAGGGCGCCUUCGGGUCCGUCUACAAAGCGUUCAAUUGGGGGACAGGCGAGGCAGUGGCUGUCAAGCAAAUCAAGUUGGUUGAUGUGCCCAAGAGCGAGUUGCGUAUGAUCGAGGCUGAGAUUGAUCUCUUGAAAAACCUCCAUCAUGACAAUAUCGUGAAAUAUAUUGGCUUCGUCAAGACGGCCGACUGUCUCAACAUCAUCCUCGAGUACUGCGAGAAUGGCUCUCUGCAUUCCAUCUGCAAGGCCUACGGCAAGUUUCCCGAGAACCUCGUCGGCGUGUACAUGACCCAGGUUCUGCAGGGUCUGCAGUAUCUGCACGACCAGGGUGUUAUCCACCGAGACAUCAAGGGCGCCAACAUCCUGACCACCAAGGAUGGCACCGUCAAACUGGCCGAUUUUGGCGUGUCGACGAGCACCCUCGCCGGACCAGACAAAGAGGCCCAGGUUGUCGGCACGCCUUACUGGAUGGCCCCGGAGAUCAUCCAGCUCUCUGGCGCCACCUCAGCCUCGGAUAUCUGGAGCGUUGGGUGUACCGUCAUCGAGCUGCUUCAAGGGAAACCGCCGUACCAUAACCUCGCUGCCAUGCCUGCGUUGUUCGCCAUCGUCAACGACGACCAUCCGCCGCUGCCAGAGGGGGUGUCUCCGGCUGCUCGCGACUUUCUCAUGCAAUGCUUUCAAAAGGAUCCGAACUUACGAGUGUCGGCGAGAAAGCUGCUACGGCAUGCCUGGAUCACCGGCUGCCGCCGAAGCGACGCACCGGUCUCGAAGGCGCCAUCCAACUUCAGCCAGGCCGUCGAGGAAGUGAAGCAGUGGAAUAAGGCCCUCAAGUCAUCCGAGAACAACCUGCGAGCCUCGACUGGGUCGGACACCAGCGCACCAGGACAUCGCGCCAACAAUUCGAAGAUGCCGUUGUCCUUGGCGACGAAACAGAGGCCCUCGGCCGACGCAUUUCGGUCCCCAGAGCUCGCUGAUGAUGAUAACUGGGACAAUGACUUUGCCACGACCAUCUCGCCCAGCGCUCUCCAUCUCCCCCACAUCAAGGGCCAAGACAACUUUGGCGGCUUGCUCUCGAGUGAUAAGCUGAAAGCGUUUGCAUCUAUUGACAGCCAACGAGAGGACUCUGAAAAUUGGGACUCGAACUUUGAGGGCGAGCUUAUGACGAUCAAGGGUCUGGGACAGUGGUCAGAAGUUGACCCUCAGGAGGAGACCAUCCGUCCGUUGCCCAGGAAAACGGACAAGAGACGGGAGCCCAGGAUACGAGCUCCCGAGCAACCAGGGCAUAGGCGUCAGAGGAGCAAACAGGGUGCAUCAAAUGUCUCCCAGCCAAAGUCACCCGCAAAGCCACUCGGGACCAAGUUCGAGCUGCCUCCACGCCCGGACGUCAUCUACCGUGAACAAUCGACCGAGGAUUUCUCCGACCUUUUUGCUGACAAUGACCACGUGUUCGACAGGAGGUUAAGCCUCGCCAGCAAGGAUGUUCCCCAACUCUUCCACCCGUCGGACCUUACGACUAGCGUACCGAAAUCAUCCCAUUCCUCAACCGGCGGCAGCACGCGCCGGUCCAAAGCUUCUUCCCGUCCGGCUCUUCUCCACAGUGCCACGGAGCCAGCGCAGCCCGUCCGAAGAGCCCGCUCCGCAGUCGAAAUCACCAAGUUCGCCGAGGACGAAGGCGACGAGGACUUUUCUGACAUCUUUGGCGUGGCCGGAGAUGCGCUCACCGAGCCGGACGAGAGCGACCGCGGCUCCGAGACGGACGGCCAGGGAGGCCAGCUCAUCCUCUCGCGCCUGUCGAACAAUUCGUGGCUUGGCGAUGACGAGGACGAGGACGAUCCGUUUGCCAUGAUGGAUCCCGGCUGGGACGAAAUGGAUCUCGAGGCGAACAUCGCGAGGGAUCGGCAUGCGAGGCUUGCUGAGAGGGUCGAGGAGCUGGUGAGGAGUAUGAAGAUCACCCAGGGGGAGGAGUUGGUGGGGCAGUUGGCCGAAGAUUUGUUGGCACUUUUAUGGGAGAACAACGAGGUCAAGGCGCUCAUUAUUGGGGCGCAUGGGUUGUUGCCCAUCUUGGAGAUUCUGGAGCCUUGUACGGUCAAGAGCCGGCAGCAUAUGAUUUUGCAGUUGCUCAAGAUCGUCAAUGCGAUCAUCCUUGAUGAUGUGGAAUUGCAAGAGAAUCUGUGCUUCGUCGGCGGCAUCCCGAUCGUCACCAAGUUUGCUGCUCGGCAGUACUCCAACGAGAUUCGGCUCGAGGCGGCGGCGUUCGUCCGCCAAGUGUACCAGACUUCUACGUUGACCCUGCAGAUGUUUGUCAGCGCUGGUGGUCUUAACGUCCUGGUUGAGUUCCUCGAUGAAGACUACGAGACGUCCCAGGACCUUGUUCUGAUAGGGGUCAAUGGCAUUUGGAAUGUCUUCGAGCUCCAGGGGCCGACACCCAAGAACGACUUUUGCAGAAUCUUCUCGCGCAGCAAGAUUCUUGACCCGCUCGCCGCCAUCCUGCACAAGGUACUGGAUGAGGAGCGGGAUGAAUUGUCGGAGCUGGUGGAGGGCCGCAUUGUCAAUAUCUUCUAUCUGUUUUCGCAGGCGGAACCCUAUGUCAAGGAGGCUGUUGCUGAGCGGCAGGUGCUGAAGACGGUCCUCAAGGACCUUCGGCGCAUGACGCCUUCCCACCAGAUUACCAUGCUCAAGUUCAUCAAGAACAUGUCCAUGUGUUCGACUGUGCUCGACGCCCUGCAUUCUGCGGAUGCCAUCGACUUUUUAAUUGAUGUGCUCAGUCUCUCCAUGAAGAAGGGGCAGAAGAAUUUCCGGGAGAUCUCCAACCAAGUCUUGAAUACCAUGUUCAACCUCUGCCGCCUCAGCAAGGAGCGGCAGGAAUACGCAGCCAGCAACGGCAUUAUUCCGCUUCUGCUCAAAAUCAUGAAGACGGACCGGCCGCCGAAGGAGUUUGUCCUCCCUAUCCUUUGCGACAUGGCUCACUCGGGAAGCAAGGGGAGGCGGUACCUGUGGCAGAACAGCGGGUUAGAGUUUUACGUUUCGCUCCUGGCGGACCAGUACUGGCAGGUUACGGCGCUUGACGCCAUCUUCGUAUGGCUGCAGGAGGAGACGGCAAAGGUGGAAAACCACCUUCUCGACGGCAGCUUUACCGCCGCCAUCACGUCUUGUUUCAACCCCACCAAGGCCAACGCAUUUGAUCCCAACCUUCUCGAGCCGUUGCUCAAGGUUCUGCGGUUGAGCCCGGCUGUGGCAGCGUCCCUGGCCAAGGCGGAGAUGUACGCCGGCAUCGCGCAAAAGUUGAGCCACAAGAAGGCCGUCGUUCGCCUAAACCUCCUGCGUCUGGUGCGCAAUAUCAUGGAUGGCUGCGAAGCAAACAGCCUGUCCAUGUCAGCGCUCAGCACAUCCGGCACAGGCCGCCAGCUGCGCAUCCUGUUCGACGAUAUCCAGACACUAGCGGAUAAGGACCCGGCAGUGCUGGUGCGGAAUCUGGCUUCGGAGCUCAUCAGGAGUUACAUCGACGUCGAGCUGCAGCACGACGCCAUGUCACUCAGCAGCCUGGGACUCAGCGCGUCCACGGGUGCAGGUUCCAACACCGGCUCCGGCCCCCGCUCCCGCUCCGGCCCGCGCCGCAACACAAGCUACACCCCACCGGGGCUGCACCUCAGCACGUCCGUGCCGCCGACGCCCACCCACCACGGCCACCGCCUGACGCAGUCAUCCUCGUCGGCAGCCGCAUACAUUGAGAUUGCUGCAACCCCAAAGCGCUCCGCCGUGGGUCUCGCACAGGAACGAGACCCCUCCUUCUACCGCCCGCGAAGCCGUGACGGCGGCGGCGGCGUGACAACGAGCAUCCCCCGCCGCGUGUCCGACACCCCCCCUCCUCCCAACCCGAACCCGACCUCUUCUUCUUCUUCUUUUGGGAACAACAGCACCUCUAGUACGGCGGCGGCAGGUUCGAGAUCCCGCCUUCCGCGGACAUCGACGCAGUAUGCUGCGGCGUCGCCGCGGCCGAGUUUGACGACGGCCAUGUCGGUGCCGAUAUCAGCCCACUCGGCUGGCGGUUCUGCUGCUGGUUCCCAUCACCACCAUCGUAGCCAUCCACAGGGAGGCAGCAGGAGCGAAUCGUUUAGCCACGGCAGCGGGUACGGCGCGUACAGCGGCAGCUACAAAGAGAAUAACUAUCCUCAUCAGAAUUACUUCGGUCAGAGCCAGAGCCAGACGGGUAGGAUCCGCUCGGGCUCGUCGGUUACGGUUGCGAGCGUGUCCAGCGCGGGUAGUUCGGUUGUGGGGACGACGACGCAGUACUCUGGUUCGCCUACGGGGAGUGUUGUUGGUGGUGGCAGUAGUGGUGGUGGGAGUGGGAGUGUGGGUGUGGGUGGCAAGAGGAGGAGUAGAGUGCCGAGUUCGAACUCGAAUGCCGGGUCGAAUCAUGCUGAUUCUAGGUUGUCUUAG